CCGUGUAUAUUCUUGUUUUAUUUUUCGACAUGAUGCAAGACUGUGGUGAUAACACAUACCCAUCACACAGGGAAACAUUCUGUCAACCCUGCCCAGAUUAUUGUGCUGGCGGAUGUGACAGUUCUGGACAAUGUAUUGCUUGUAAACAAGGUUUCUACGGACCACAAUGUGAAAUUCAAUGCCCGACCCAAUGUGAAUCUAACGUCUGUCAGAAGUCUAAUGGAUAUUGUACAGCAUGUAAACAGGGUUACUACGGAUCUAAAUGUUUACAUCAAUGCAGGACCUCCUGUGACCCUUAUGGCUGUGACCAGGAUAAUAGUGAAUGUACAAAAUGUCCAGAAGGCAGAUACGGCUCAUGGUGCCUUAAGAAAUGUCCAUACAGCUGUGGCGAUAGCACAUGUAACAAGACAAACGGAAAGUGUUCUGAUUGUAAAUUUGGUCAUUUUGGUCCAUCUUGCUCCCCGUGUUCGGAAAAUUGUUUGGAGACAGAUUGCAAUUUCAGUGGUCGCUGUACAGCUGGAUGUGCUAACGGUACAUAUGGAGACAACUGUAGUUUGCCUUGUUCAGAUCACUGUACGACCUGUGCCCAAGAUGGAGGACAGUGUUUAACUUGUAUCGAUGGUUAUUACAAUACUUCGUGUUCGAUGGUUUGUGGUAACUGUGAAGCACCACGCUGUGAUAUGGCAACAGGAUUUUGUGAGAAAUCAUGUCUGACGGGUUGGACCGGUCAGCGUUGUGAUGUCAAAGAAGCCAGACAGUCGGGAGAUGAAGGCGGUAAUAUAGGAACGUACGCUGGAGGAGGAGCAGCUGUUGUUCUGCUGAUUGUUGUGAUCAUAGUAACAGUGUGUUUAGUCAAACGAAGAAGAUCGGCCUUGUCCAGAGAAAGCACACCAGCGCCUCCAGUACUAUACGAAAAGGCACAAUCGUCAAACAACUCAAACAGGCAUUCAGAUGAAACGAAAGGACAAGUAUAUGUCAACAUUGCCAACAGAAAUGUACAAGAAAAGCCAGAAAACCUAGAGAAUGUUUACUACAAUGAAGGACCAAUUGGUUUUCCUGUCAGUAGGCUCAAGUCAUUGAUUGCUGAAAAAAUGGCAAAUGAAGAAAAGAAAUUCAUUUCGGAAUUUGAAAAAUUCCCAUUAGGAGCCAUUCAUCCACACACGAUUGCGGAACAGAAUAAGUCUAAAAAUAGAUUCAAAUCCAUAUUUCCGUAUGACCAUUCAAGAGUUAUACUUGACGACCGUCUAGGCGAAAAAGGAUCAGACUAUAUAAACGCCAACUACAUAGACAGCGUAGAAGAAAGACAAGUCUAUGUUGCAACCCAAGGACCCAUACGGUCAUCGACCGAUGACUUUUGGAGAAUGAUCUGGAUUCUUAACUCUGGAAAGAUAGUGAUGCUUACAAAUUUAGUAGAAGGUAUAAAGGUAAAAUGUGUCAAGUACUGGCCUGACGAAGGGGAUCCAAUGACAACAAAAACAUUCGACAUAACACUCCAAAGGGAACGAGACUAUGCUUCCCAUGUUGUGAGGAAUAUCACGCUCAUCGAACGAAAGUCAAAGGAAAAGAGAGAGAUUCAACAGUUUCAUUUCACGACAUGGCCAGACCACGGGACGCCGAACACGUUAGAACUUGUUCUGUUCCAUCGUCGUGUGAAACUUCAGAGAACUGACCUUCCUGGCCAAAUGGUUAUUCACUGCAGUGCUGGUAUUGGAAGGACAGGCACGUUCAUUGCCCUUGACGCUUUGUUGGAUUUCGGUAAAAAGUAUGAUCGCAUCGACAUCCGACAUUUUGUAGAUACGAUGAGGAAGGACAGAAUGAACAUGGUUCAAACAGUGGAACAGUACAUUGCUCUUCAUGAAAUCCUGUCUGAAGCUUUUGAUCUUCAAGAUACCCUUAUAUCGAAAUCAGAGUUUGUUACACUGUAUCAUGCUCUCUCGCUGACGGGACAACCUCAAAACCAGACAAAGCUGAGGGAUGAGUUCAAAUUGAUGUUGGAUCUCAAACCCGAUUACAAGCUGGAAAAAGACUUCUUGGCUUCUUCACUUCCAGAAAACGGUGCGAAAAACAGGACGAUGCGAAUAUUGGCAGCGGAUAGAUUCAGGGCUUUUCUCGAAUCAUAUCCUUCUAACCGGAAUGACUAUAUCAAUGCUGUCAUAACACAGUCUUACACGUGCAGACAAGGAUACAUCGUUACUCAGUUUCCCCUAACGGACACCAGAGCUGACCUCUGGACCCUUGUGAUGGACUACCAGUGUGACACAAUCGUCAUACUCGGGAACGAAAAGGACCCCGGACAGGAUGCACAAUGGAUACCGGAAGGCAAAAUCGGCAUUGAUAUUGGUGAUUUAAACGUAAAGCAAACGGGCUCACCAACUGAGUUUAAUGACGUGGAUGUAAUGGAUGUUUCAAUAAAGAGAAAGAAUGUAAAGGCAGCUCAUAGUUCGAGAAUAUUCCGGUUGAAGGAGUGGACAACAGAAAAACAGUUUCCUUCAUCAAAACAAUCCAUACUUCACCUUCUGGAACAGGUGGAAAGCAGACGCCGGUCAAGUGGGAAUAAACCUGUUGUUGUCAUGUGCAAGGACGGGUCAACCCAAUGUGGACUAUUUUGCCUUAUGGCGAACACCCGUGACCAGAUCAAAAUGGACGAGGAAGUGGAUGUAUUUCAGGCUGCACGACAACUUCUUAUCAGGCGACCAGAGUUUUUGAGCAGUUUUGAGCAGUAUCACUUCUGCUAUGCCCUCUUGAAUGAUUAUCUAGAGGCAACCGACGUGUACAUCAACUAAGAAGAUUCACGGAGUGACAGUGAAUAAAACCUGGAGACGGAAAAUUCGAUAUGAGUCUACAGAAUCUGCAAUAGUCCCAUAGCUAAGUCGUAAUUGUACAAUAGAGUGCGACUCUUUUUCAUUAGCAAGUAGAUUAUACUACAACUAGCUAGCGACCGACUACCGCAAUGCAAAUGCGUCUUUAUUUGACAAAAGUGUAGACUUUUACUAUCGACUUGUAAAUAGUUUUUUUCAACUACUUAUAUACCACUGCAAUUCACAUGAAUUGAUACUUCGCAAAAAGAGCAAGUGGAAAUAUAUGCAUUCAUAAGUAUUAGUCAAAGGUUCUACUACUUAAGAACUAAGUGGUAUAUUAGUGUAGGUAAAUGUUUAACACUUGUUUGCCUCAGAACAUUAGCGCCUUGUUAUCUCAAGGGACAAUAUACUUUACUGGUUUCUUGUUGUAAAAGAGAACAUAUGUUGGUAGUUCCAAAAAUAUGUACACGAUGUUAACGCCUAAUAACGUCUCCGUUUGAUGAGGUUAUAACCGAAGUAGAAAGAUACUUCAUAACUAUGGAUACUUAAUGGUAAACAGUUGUGAAACCGUUAUGUUACUUCGAUAAAGCUGUACAUAAAAAACUUAUAUAUAUUCUCAAAUCAUUAUAUCAUUGUUAUUGUGUUGUGCAUGCUAUAUGAAAUGUGUAACAAAUGGUAUUCUCAGUAUAAGUUUGUAUUGAAGACUUAACUAUUUACAUGCAGACACUUACACUAUUGUUUAACUGCAUACAUUGGCAAAAUGAUAUUUAGAGAUAUGUUUUCAAUGUUUCCAUGUUCGCAAUUUGCUAUGUGUUAAAUGUGAAUGUUGACUAUAAUUUACCUAGAUAGCAUUUGCAUCAGACCAUUUUUUAACCUUUUAAUUAUACACACAAAGAAAUAUUACACUUAGCUUUAAUGAUUUAAACUAAUUUAUCGAUGCACAUUUACACAGACACUUCAGUCGCUAUUUCAUUGUUUAAUGUAAGGGUCACAUAAAACAUUAGUCAGUGAGAAUCCAGGGUGAAAAAAAUCUUAAUCUUAAGAAUCUAAUACCUCAAAACGUUUUGAAAUCUUAUAUCUGCUCAGAAAUUAAAAAAAAUGCUUAGCCUGUAGUCCUUUCGUUAGAUUUUUAAAAUAUGAAAUCAGGUUUGCUUGGUUACAUCACAUUUAAGCUUUUUAAUAUAAUACCAUAAUUAAGACAAUAAUUUCUAUACGAUGAUGUGUUAUUUGACUAUACAA